CUCUUGCCAUCUCGCCACAUUUUCUGCAAAACCACCAACAAACCACAAUGCAGCGCAUCGCCGCACGCCCAAAUGCAUGGGCAAGCACAAGCGCCGCCGCCAUCCCCGCGCGGCCACUAGCGCACACCGCCGCCGUUGCCCGCGCCGGCUCCCGGCGGCAUCAGCACUCGACAACCUCCACCGCCGAACCGUUCAAGAUCCUCUUCUGCGGCUCGGACGCCUUCUCGGUCGCUGCACUCGACGCGGUGCUGGGGGCCGAAGACGUAUGGCAGUCGAUCACGGUGCUCUCCCCGCCCGACCAGCUGGGCGGCCGGCGGCGCUCGCAGCUCUUCUCACCCCCGAUCAAGUCGUACGCACUCGAGCGCGGGCUGACGGUACACGACGUCCCCCGCACGGGGCUGAAGGGCGCGACCUUCCCGCACCCGUUUGAGCGGCACGACCCGGCGCAUCUCCUGCUCACAGCGUCCUUCGGACACAUUGUGCCGACGCCGCUGCUCGAGCCGUUCGGGCACGCGCUCAACGUCCACCCUUCCCUACUGCCCAAGUACCGCGGCGCAGCGCCCGUCCAGUGGGCGAUCGCGAACGGGGACAAGCACACGGGCGUGAGCGUACAGACGGUCGGCAAGCGCGAGGCCGGCGUCGACUCUGGCGCGAUCCUCGGCGCUGUCGAGGGUGUCCCAAUCCCCCCAGACGCAACGUAUGCCUCGCUCCUGCCCGACCUCUCGCACGUCGGCAGCAGGCUGCUCGUCGCUGUCCUGCGGCAGCUGCUGCGGGGCGAGAGCCGCCCGCACGCGCAGGACGGCGCAAAUGUGACCCGCGCGCCCAAGGUGACGGGGGACACGGCGCGGGUCGACUGGGCUAGUCACUCCGCAACGACAGUGGACAGGCGGCACCGCGCCUUCGGGCACCAGGCGCCGCUGUGGGCCGAGCUGGCGGGCAACAGCGUGCAGCUGCUGGGCGUGGGACGGGCCGAGGCCGCCGCGGCCGAUCUCGGCCCGCACGCGCCCGGCACGGCGCUGCUUGACCGCCCUGGCCGACGACUUCUCGUCGCGACUGUUGCCGACGCCGCUGGCCCGGCCUCCUGGCUCGCGGUUACGCGCGUCAAGACGGCCGGGAGGAAGGAGCUCGACGCGGCUGACUGGUGGAACGGCCUGCCCAAGGCCGACAGGGAGCGGGGGUUCACUGUACAUAGCACCAUGGCUGGCCUUCCUAAGCGUAUCCUCAAGGAAACCGAGCGCCUCAUGUCCGACUCGCCCCCCGGCAUCACCGCCGCGCCCCACGAGGACAACCUGCGCUACUUUGACGUGACAAUAGCCGGGCCCGAGAGUUCUCCGUACGAGGGCGGCAUCUUCAAGGCGGAGCUCUUCCUCCCGGAAGAGUACCCCAUGAACCCGCCCAAGGUGCGCUUCCUGACCAAGAUUUACCACCCGAACAUUGACAAACUCGGCCGUAUCUGCCUCGACAUCCUCAAGGACCGCUGGUCGCCCGCGCUCCAGAUCCGCACGGUGCUCCUCUCCAUCCAGGCGCUCCUCGGCGCGCCCAACCCAGACGACCCGCUCGCCAACGACGUCGCGCAGGCCUGGAAGGAGGACGAGAAGGCCGCUAUUGCCGAGGCCAAGGUGUGGACGCAGAAGUGGGCCAGCGAGUGAGCAGGCCCGCUCGAGGCGCGCAGCGCCGAGAGGCGGGCCGAGGUGCGCGAGUAAGCUCGUGGCUGGAGCUGAGCUUGUGAUCUUGCGCUGGCUCGGUCCGGAUCACUGUUCAAGUAUACCCCCAGUACCCCCGUAGCACCCGUGGCGUAUGGACGAGGUCAGGUC